AUGAUACAAGAUGAAAUGAAAAAUCAAUUUUUAAUUCUAAGUCCAUCUUAAAGUUAUGAUGGAAGUAUUAUGUAUAAUGGAUUGUUUAAACUUAGGAUGAAUAAAAAUGAAUAAGAAAGCUAUUUUCAAGUAGGAAAAAGGAUAGGUAUGCUUCAUCCCAGACAACCAUCUUAUUAUGUAGAAGAGGAUAAAACACCUGCUUUCGAAAUUUUUGAUUUGAAAGCACAUAAGCAAAACAAAGGAAUAACUUGGUAAUUUCGUAAUCAAAAGUAAUAAACUAUAUUAAAAAAUAAUAUUACAGAAGUGAAUACAUUUAAGAAAAAUUAAAAAAAAGUACUUUUAUUUAUUGAAAAAUUAAAAUAAAACCUAAACCUAGAAAAUAAGCAAUAUAAAAUUAUUAACUCUAUAAUUUUUUCUCCUUUAAACACAGGAAAAAAAAUCUAUAAAAAUUCAGUAUAGCCUUCAUUAACUGUUAUUUGGAAUUUGAUUAUUUUUUUUUUUUGUACUUUACUUUUAAUCGUUUCUCCAAUAGAAUACAUUUAUUAAGAAAAUGGCUAUUUAAAUUAUUUAUUUGCUACUAUGAUUAUUCUAAUUAUUUUAGAUUAUAUUCAUAAAUAUACAUCUUAACGAUAAUAAGAAAAAUAGUUGAAUAAUAAUUAACAAUUUAUUGAAUAAAUUUUUAGGUCAACAACAACUUUGAUGGAUACAUCUUGCAUCAUUUUACUUGCUGUUUUAAUUCUAUCUAAUAAUGAAAUUAUUAAGUCGAUCAGUUUAUUAAUAAUUAAAUUUUUAAUUUUUAAAAAGAUAAUCCUUACUUUUAAUAAGAGAAUAUAUUAUGAGUUAAGUGAUUUAAGCUUAUUGAUUAUCUCAAUUUUAUUUACAUGUCACUUUUUUACAUGUAUCAAUUUAAGAUAAACAUUUAUUUUAAAAUAAGAUUUUGAAGGAGUUUAAGAUAUGUUAUAUUAAUAUUUAAUAAUUUAUAUUAAUUAUAUACUUUAAUUUGGAAACUUAAAAUUUAGCACAGAAGAUGACACAUUAUAAAAUCAAUUAUUUAAUAGAUUUACAACAUUAAUACUUUUGUUUUACAAAAUAUUGAUAAUAAAGUUAAUAAUAUUAAAUUCUCUUGACUUUUUCCAAGAAUAUAAGAAGGUGAAGGAUUUGAAAUUAUUAUAAAAUUUUUUGCACAAAUAAAAAGUAUCUUAAAAGUUAAAGGAUUAAAUUUCAUUGAAAUUAGAAUAAAUUUUUUUAAAGAAUAUAAGUUAAGAUAAUAUUGAAAAUUAUUUUGAAUCGUGUUUAGAAAAGGAAACUGUAUUUUAAGAGUUUAAGGAAUAAAAGUUAAUCAACUUUGUAAAUUAGUUUUCAAUAUUUUCUAAAUUUUCAUCAUCAACUAAGUAACAAAUAGCUUAAAACUUGAUUCCAAUGAUUUUAAAUAAAAAUGAUAAAUUAACUUGCAAUCAAUUUGGUGAUUAAUAUAAUAUAUAUCUUUUAUAUUAAGGUAAAGUAGCUCAUGGACUUACUGAAAAAAUAACAGAAUUUAAUAAAAUUUUUAGGGGUGAAUGCUUUGGUUAAUUUUCUUUUUUUACUGGUUAAGAGUACAAAAACUUAAUAACUAGUUUAGAUUAUAGUCUUCUUUAUAAAUUAAGUAGAGAUAAAUUUUUAAAGAUUAUAUCAUCAAAUAUUUAAGAUUUAGUAUAAUUUUAUUUAUAAUAGGAAAUUGCAACUUUUAUUAAGGAUUAGGUUUUAUUUAAUAACAACUAUUAAAUAAUAGAUUAAUUUUGUCUAUAUUGUUAAGAAAAGACACAUUUAAUUAUUAACUGUCCUAAAAUCCACUUAAUAAAAAACAAUAUAGGCUUUUAUGAUAAAUAUCUUUAUUCUCCAAAUUAACAUAGAAAAUCAUGUAAUAAUUAGUUAUAAUAUUGAUUAGAUAAUAGAAGAAAAAAAUCAAGUUAAGAUUAAAUUCAAAAUCAUUUUAAGAAAUUAGUUGAUAUACCAAUAAAUCAUUAUUCAAGUUAAGAAAGUUCUUCUGAGUUAAAUUAGCUAUCUUCUAGCAUUAUUGAAUCAAAUUUAGUUUAAAAAGAGGGAAAAUUUCAAGUUGACUCUUGUAUUAAUUUGCUUAAUGAAAUUAAUAAUGAUAAUUUGAUUUAAAGCAGUUAAAAAGAUUAGCAGUAUUAAGAAAUAAUUUCAUCAGGUUAAUCCUAAUAACAAUAACAAAAACUUUAAUCUAAAAAUGUUUUUGAUUAGAAAAUAUCGAAUCUAUUUAAUAGGGCUUAUUCUCUAAAAUUAAUACCUUCACUAUAAAGCAAUCCAAGUCCUAUUGUAAAAAUAUAAACUCCAAGUCUACCAACAGGCACAGAAUUCUAAAAUUUAGUUAGUGAUGUAUAUAUUUUUUAUAUCAAAAUAUAAUAGAAUCCUUUUAUGGAAAAUAUCUUUAAAAUAGAUUUAGAUAGAAUCUAAGAUUUCGAAAUCUAUUAUCCUGAAUAUAAUAUAAUGAAGGUGCUAUUUAGGUAAAUUUUAUACAAUAUUUUUUUUAAGAUUUAAAAGAAGUUUAAGAAGAAGUUCAGAAUAUAAAAGUAAACUCACAAUUAAUUAAAGUGUAGCACUUAUGAUAGGUAAGUUUAUCUAAAAGAGAGAUUAACUUUCGAAAAUAUGAG